AUGUCUGGCUACGAGGUCGAGCACAACAUUCCCACCAAGCAGGACAAGCCUGAGCACCCACCUCGCAGACCCGACCUCAGUACCUUCUUCUCUACCCUCGAGCUCGUCGACACCUCUGAUCCCCAGGCACACCACAAUGUCCACGCCGUGCCACAGCCGGAGAAUAUUACUGCCGCAUUUCGCCUGCUCGCGAAUGCCUUCGAGAUGAUGCGCGGACGAGCGUCGGACGAGCAGGGCAAUGCUCAGGGCGGAGGCGACGAUUUGCUCGCUAGCAUGAUAGAAGUGCUGAGGCAGAAUGCAGACGACCCGCCAACAGAGUUGAAGGGGUGCCCGGAUAGUUUUCUGGACGAGCUGGAGCGUGUGCCAAAGAAGUCGUUGAAGCCGACAGACACAUGUCCUAUUUGUGUGAAUCCGUUCCUGGAAGAUGAGUAUCCGCUCGUGGUCCGGCUUCCUUGCCACAAGGACCAUCGGUUCGAUCUUGACUGCAUACGCCCCUGGCUCAAGCUUAACUCAACCUGUCCCCUCGACCGAAAAGAGCUUCUCAAGAAGAAGCAGCCGCCUGCUCCAGCAGACGAAGACGAAGAAGAGUACGAUGAUAUGUACGCUUGA